UUCCGCGCAACGAAAUAUAAAGUCACGUGCGCAGAUAAAAUACAUCCCGUGUUCCAGGCAGGCUCUGGGACAUCUUUCUUGUCCGGCACGUGGCUCCAAACAGAAGGCGCUGCUGCUGGUCGGGUGACUUCCCCUGAAUCCCGGCAAGUCGUUACCGAGUAAUGCAUAAUUAGUUUGAUCUGGAGCGUAAUGGGACAACACAAACUGACUCACGGUCGGGAAAAUGUCUUUAGUCCCUUUACCAGAGGGCAUGUUUAUCAAGCCUGAUGUGACGUAGACACUUUCUUUCAAAGUUUCGUUGUUUGAAACGUCGACGGCAGCUAGAUCAUCGUCACUGCUCAACGAGUCGUGAUGGAAAUAGGUUUUACUGUUUAAAGGUACCGCAAAAUAUCUUUAAAAAUUCAUCAUAAUUGUGAUACUAUAGUCGAAUGAUAGAAAAUAUUUAAUCCAUGCAGUGGAUGUUGAUAUGCAAUACGAAAUGGGAUUGUUUAGUCUUAAAGUGGCGGUAAUAUUGUUUGUAUUUUAAUUUAAAAUUUCAUUUAUUGUUAAUUUGUUAACAGACUUUACUGAAGUUGAAUUUUACACACUUUGUGGAGAUCUUUUACAGAGUUUAGUAAAUUUGAAGUUUGAAGACUGGAAACUUAAAAUAAAACGACUUUGUUGUAGCUAAAUUUGAAGAAUUUGGAAUUUAUAGAUUACACACCGUGUGGACAGAAUCAGUUAUGUUUUCAAGCCUUGGGUCUUCAAAGAACACAUAUACAAUCAUCUCGUAUGUUGGACCUUAAAACAAGCAUUAUAUUAGUUUGACUGGAAUUUCUAGACGAUACUAAAGACCGGAGCUGUUUCAUUCGUCACAAGUCAUGGACACCUCACCGACAAGAAAAGACCAGCAUGACCAGGUCUCCCACAAGGUAAUCGAGAAAAGACGGAGGGACCGAAUCAACAACUGUCUUACUGAACUAAGUCAAACUGUACCACCAGCAUUCGCCAAACAGACGACAGGGAAGUUGGAGAAAGCCGAGAUACUGGAAAUGACGGUGGAGUACUUGAGGGCGUUACAAGCCACGGAGAUGGGCAUGAGAUUCGAACAAGGAGAAUGGUACAGCCCUGACAUCUGGACGGACUUUUCCCAGCACUACAGGGACGGGUAUAGCGAGUGUCUACAAGAGGUUCUACGGUUCAUGACGGACGUUGAGGGUUUAGACGUCAACGACGGAAGGUGUGUUCGUAUCGUAUCGUUCCUCCAAACGCGCUUCAAGCACCGCGCUUCCCUCACUGGUGGCGCCACCUACCAAGACACCUUACAGCAGCAGGUAACAACGAGAACGGAUAAAAGACACGAAAUAACAUCGGGCCGAGGUUUUGAAGUACCGCAAACAGUGGCAGGACUUCCCGUGUCGUUAAUGACGUCACCAGCGGGGUAUUUACAAGGGGCGAAACCAUCAGCUUUUCGACCUUCACCUAUUCGAGAUCCUGGUGCGUGUUUUGCAGCGCCAGCCAUCUCGUCUUGUCUUCCGAGGCAUCCAACGGCGUCGUGUUUGCCACGGUUAUCUCCCUUCCUGACGGGUAUAAUACCAAACCCACAUCUCUCGCGGCAGCUAUGUCGCAACGAUUCGCUGCUCACAGGAAGUCAACAUUCGUCAAGACCUCGAAUUGGGACUAGUGGUUUAUAAAAACUUUUUUAUCCUGCAACUUACCCAUAGCAUCCAUGCCAUAUUCCCAUGCCUCGUGAAAUAAUGUUUAUUUGUCACUUGCUAAAGCUCGUGACAACUGAACAGUGAACAUUAUUUCACUCGGGACAUAAAUUUGAUAAUAACUGGUAACUCGUUUAUUAUUCUCUAUUUAUUACCCCA